CUGGCACUGCAGUCGGUGUUCGCUGCUUCGACCCUUCCCUUCGUCGCUGCGUACGUUGUUGGAUCUGCGGCCGUGUGUAAGUACGCUUUUGAACCUGCAACCACCGAUGACCUUUGUGGCGUCGUACAACGUAACGUCGACGCAUGUUCGUUCGAGAAACCAGACGAGACCGGCAGGGACAAGUGGUUGUUGCUGGUUGACGGUGACAAUUACCUACUACGGGGGCUGGCACUCACCGGUGAAAAGCAAAGCCGUCCUUUCAAAGACAACGUCGACUCGUCGUCGGCCACUUAUUUGGGUCAGAACGUGCCCGCAACUGGUCCAGAUUACUCGGAACUGCGAAACAGGGAGCGAAUUCGAAUUUCGAGGUCCAGUCGUUGUGCACAAGCGGUUGGGCGGGGGCGGGGGGCUGGGUGGGGUCCGGGUGGCGAAGCGCCGCUGCUAUCUCGUCAAUUGGGUUACGGGGACGACGAAAUGAGUGCAAAACAUGAAACGACGACGGUGGUGAUGCUUUGUCGUCAGUUCGAUCGUCAGUUCUCGAUGCUCACAAUGUCUCACGACAACGAGGAGAAGGGUGAGGAGGAGGAAAAGGAGGAGGAGGACCACUGCAACUGCAACUGGCGAGGCGAGUGUGGAGCUACUGUCAAUCAUCGUAAUGAGUCUUCGACAGCUGGUCGUAGGAGAAAGCACAAACCGCCCGAUCGUCGCGAUCGCUGA